AUGGUUAGGGUAGUGCCAUCUUCCUCGUUUUCCUCCUCUACCAUUUCUUUUAUUUCUACCAUAUUCAGGGGUGACUCUGCCCAGGCUAAGGGAAACUUAUCCCAUAGGAAUGCUAACUUUGACUUGGAUGAGGUCUUAAGGGAUGAAAAUCCUAUGGCUGUCAUUAACCUUGAACUGGAUGCUCCCCACACCCUGAGGAUUUGUUGUCUGAGAAGGCUCUACAUUGAGCUGGUAACUCCUAAGAACUUAGCUAAGUAUCAACUAGGUUCCCUGGUUGAAGAAGCUGCCUCGACUGAGGAAGUUAUGUUUGUUGAUCUUCCUAUAUUCUUUGUUGACCCUGCUACAAUGGUAUUUGACAAGGAAGCUCUAAAGAGGGCCAUAAUUGAGAGAAAGCUUGCCAAGCAGACUAAGGAUUUUGGACCCUUCAAAAAGCUAAGGCAUUUGGUAGGGUUUCCUUCAGAGAAAGAUCUUAGGAAGGCUUCUAAUGUCCCUGCUCCUCCAGCUCCCAUAGUUAAACGGCUAGCUAGUAGCAACUCUAGUCCUCCUACCCAGCCUUUGGAGGUGCAAAGCUUUCUAUGCAGCGCAACUGUGGCUACUAAGGCAUUUACAACAAUUAUACCUGAGGCUAACCUGCUAGAGGUGGGGAAGCUUACAAGCAAUGAUAAGGCUUUGAACCCCCUUUUUAUGGCCUUGCUGCGGUGGGGAAGGCUUUGA